CUAAUUUCAUAUAGGUGUGCUGUGGUGGCGUGUUGUCUGCUGUGCAGCUGCGUUACAACUGUAAGCAUGGCAGCGGUCUUAUUUCGACUCGUCCCGAGGGAUUUCAAGCUCAUUCCUCGCGAAGUCCGGCAUCACGUGUCCAAAUGGCAUUCGAGACGAAGCCUGCAUGUCCCGCGCACUGCAAGCUGUGUUCCUCGUCGUCCAGUGGCAUCACAGGUGCGAAGCCGUCUGCCUGCAUUGCGUCCCCUGCACACCAGCCCAUGGCUUCAGGAGGUCGUGGCAUUCAAGCUCUCAGACAUUGGCGAGGGUAUCAGCGAAGUGACAAUCAAGGAAUGGUAUGUCAAGCUCGGUGACACGGUGAACCAGUUCGACAGCAUCUGUGAAGUGCAGAGUGACAAGGCAUCGGUUACCAUAACGAGCCGCUAUGACGGCCGAAUCAAGAAGCUGUACCACGAAGUCGACGACAUCUGCAAGGUCGGGUCCCCGCUUGUCGACAUCGAGGUUGACGAUGACUCACUCAGUUCCUCAGAUGAUGAUGAAGUCCAGGACCAGGACAUUAAGUCUCAGCGCAGUAAUGAACAGUCUUCGGAGCCCCUGGCCAGCGAACCUGGUGGCGGACUAGGGGACAAGGUGCUCACAACACCUGCAGUCCGUCGGAUAGCCAUGGAAAACAAUAUACGCCUCUCCGAUGUCACGGGCACUGGUAAGGAUGGACGUAUCAUGAAGGAAGAUGUCCUGCGCUACAUCGAGCUCAAGCAGGCCCCAAGACCAUCAGCACCAGCCAAGGCACCUACACCUGCAGCUGCACCAAAGCAGGUGGCACCAACACUGGCUAAAGCUCCAGUUCAUCAGAAGCCAGUCGCAGUCAAGACAUUGCAUGCUGUUGCAGACCGUGUUGAGCAGGUGAAGGGCAUCCGCAAAGCCAUGGCUAAGACUAUGGCACAGUCUUUGGCAAUCCCGCACUUUGGCUACUGCGAUGAGAUCAACGUCACAAGGCUUGUUGAGCUGCGGCCAAUCCUCAAGCCACUUGCUGACCAGAUCGGUGUUCGGCUAUCCUACAUGCCAUUCUUUAUGAAGGCGCUGUCCAUAUCGCUGUUUGACUACCCCAUCCUCAACUCUUAUGUGGAUGAGAAGGUUGAGAAUAUCACAAUUAAGGGCUGCCAUAACGUUGGCAUCGCUAUGGACACUCCGCACGGUCUGGUGGUGCCCGUUGUCAAGAAUAUUGAGUCCAAGAACAUCAUGGAAAUUGCUGCUGAUCUCAACCGGCUCCAGAAUUCGGGCCUGGCAGGGCAGCUACAACAGGACGACCUCUCCGGUGCCACCAUCACAUUGUCCAACAUUGGCGCGGUUGGUGGGACUUACGCCAAGCCUGUCAUUGCUAGACCAAUGGUGUGCAUUGGAGCGAUUGGAACAAUUCAGAAGCUGCCACGAUUUGAUGCUGAUGACAAUGUAAUCAAGGCACACAUCAUGCAAGUCAGUUGGUCUGCCGAUCACAGGGUCAUCGAUGGUGCAACCAUGUCGCGCUUUUCAAACUUGUGGAAGAUGUACCUGGAGACGCCUGCAAUGAUGUUGGUUCACCUCAAAUAGACCUCAGUUAUUGUGCAAGUGUACAGUCCGUGACCGUUCAAAAUGUUAAGGAACAGUUCUGGACUGGGUGGCGUUACUGCUACGUGUCGUGUGCUAUCUCCUAAGGAGCAUUCGCGGAUCACGUUUACUGUUGGGCAUGAGUCGCACUCCAUUAUCCAAUGAAGAAUGGCCAGCUACUCACAAACGGUACUUCUUGUAAUGCCUCCUCCUCUGCAAAGUUCAGGCUGAAGAAAACCAGGGCACCUCAUCGUCUGCUGCAGAUGGACGGGAGCAUGCACUUUCCAAGUGUAAUUUGCCAACUUUCUGGGCCACUGACUAGCUGGUGUCAACUGCUGUCGAGAUCAUGUUACGAGCUAAUCAACAUGUAAAAAAGUCUCACAAGAUGUGUACUGUUGUUUGCCAUCACCUGCGGUUGUUAGUAAAGUGGGCAGCAUUCAUCAGGAGUCACGUCGUGCUGAGUGAAUGAUGCAAAUAAUUCAAUGCAAUAUGCUUUCUUAAAUGUGCAUGUCAAGUUGAACGUAAUUUGUCUGUCGGCUUUGUUAAAGUUUUGAAGUACAAAAAAAUUUGACAAAUAGGACUUUAUCCUGCUGAGUUUUGUGCAUGUUACAGAAAGUAUCACAUCUUUUUAAUAGGCAAUUUAAUAAGCAAUCUGGCAAUUCUCUUGCUGUGAAUUGGUGUAAUUGCUGAUAACUGGUUUUGUCACCUUUAUUGAGUUGUAAAUCUUGUAUGCUGUGGUGUAAAGAAGCAUGCAAGUUCAUUAUAAAAUGUUUAAUUUCAUCAGGUUUUUGAUGCAGCAGGCAAUUUAUAGAGGUACUGUUUAACAUUACUGUGUGUUCUUUUGUGAUGCCAACUCUCCACUUUGGCAUUACAUGUGAUAGAUGCUGAGUGAGCCCUGGUGAAAUGGAGCUUAAGAAGUUGGUAUAUGAGGUUGUGCACUUAUUUGUACACCUAAUCAACAUCUUGUAGCUCUGUCCUAUUCUAUAUGUUCCUCCAUUUCACGGCAUGAUUGAAAUACUAGCAGGCACUUGUGGCAUACCUUUAAAGGGAAGAUUUCGAUUUUACAUUGUUAUUUAAAUUUAUAUUAAGUUCAUAAAGAUGUUGUGUGGCAUACGCAUAUUAGAGAUUAUGUCAAUGUUUGAAUUGCUGUCAAGUAUUGUGAGGCAUUUUGCAUUUAGAGCCUAUGUUCACCAAGUGGUACAAAAGAUGAGCCCUUGAAUAUCUCUGCUGUAAAGGCAAGGUGCAUGUCUAUCAUCACUGGCUUUAUUGUCAUGCUGCACAUGCACUGAAACCAUUUUUAUAAGUAUGAGCAUAACGCCUAAGCAUGCUCCAUCAAAUGGAUUUUGGGAUAUAAGCAUUCAGUCAAUAAAAACUCUAGAUCUCGAAGUCACACUGACUGAACAUAUAAAACAGAAAUGAAUAUCAGCACAAGGAACAUCAUGAGUGCAAAUGACCAUUAAGCGGGCACAACAAGCUGUUAGAUGGGACACAAGGGCUAACGUUAGUUGUAAAAGCAGUCAGAGAUUUCUUGUGAUAAUUGUAUUUGCUUUUGUAGAGAGCUUCUGUGUAUGGGUGUGUGUGUGUAUCUUUUUCCCAAGUUUUGUCGACCUGCAUUUGCUUUUCUACUAUGUUGAAGCAUUGGCAUCACUGGAAUAGCUCUGCGGUUUUUGUCUCAUCCAAACUAUGUUCAUUAGAUGUACCGCAUAGCGAUAAUAUUGUCAUACAUUGCAGUGAUGAUGAUGCCACCACUGGCAUGGCCAGCAGCCUUGGUUCAAAUAAAAAUUAUAACUAAAUGUCAUAA